AUUUUUGAAAGCCAUGGUCUUGAGUUCAGCGUCCAAAUAUCUGAUGUGCAAUCCGUCAUCGAGCAACAAAAAGGAAACCAUGGUACCAAGCAAAGACUGAAGUCAUGGUCUGAAAGGUACCAUCAGUUAGACGAGGUGGGAUCAUAAUCUAACAGAUACAUACACAGAAAAUGAGGAAAGUUUUGAAAAUGUCACCCGAGAGUUGCUGUAUACUAGAGUUAUUUGUAGAAAAUUCUAGUCACCCCAAAUAUCAGUUAUAUUCCGGGGAUUUUUACGGAAGCAACUCGAUCAAGACUACAGUUAAACUCGCCCAACACAGACGUUCCUAGGGCUUCAACACGCGUCAGUUCGAAAACAUUAACUAUCAGUUGUGUCGCCCUAAGUAAGGGAGUCCUAGCUAGACAGUCUUGGAUUCUGGAUUCCACACAGUGGAUUCUGGAUCCCGGUUCUUCGUCGGUGGAAUUUGGAUUCCUGAUUCCAAUCGUCAAUGGGAUUCCGGAUUUCUUGAGCUGUAUUCCAGAUUCCAAGGCCAAGGAUUCUGGAUUUCCUUGGUUUGGGGGCGAAUCUAGAAUAGGUCAUUUUCUUGUCGCUUUAAUUGAUGAAAUAAUUUACAAAAAGUAUAAUAAAUUCUGAUUUCAAUGUGUCCUUAAAGAUCCUCACUUUGCUCAGAGAGACGGCUGAUAAGUAUAAACGACGAGUCCGCCUGUUUUCUGUAGGAACAUCAUACGAGGGACGGCAUUUGUUUGCUGUGGAGGUAAGAAUUUUUUGCCAGAUCCGUGAUAAAAACAUGAAACCUUGCCACCUUGCUAAGCGAAUUUGCGAAUUUCUUGUUACUCGGAUGGUUAAUAAAAUGUUUCAGAAACAGGUCAAACUUUUUAUCGUAUAUCAGUGUAGGUUAGGUAAAUCAGAAAGAAAAGGUUCGCAUGGUAAAUAUAUGCAUAUCAGUUGCAGGAUAGUAUUUCAAUUUUCUUUAAGGCGCGAAUUUUUGAAAUCAUUCAUUGGUCUGUCUGUCCUGGAGAAAAGAUAAUGAUGCCAUUUUUUAUCGUUUAGAUUAAGGCAAAUCAAGAUAUUGCCAAACCACUUGUGUUUAUAAACUGUGGAAUUCACGCGAGAGAAUGGGUGUCCCCAGCAACAUGUAUGUACGUCAUUGAACAGGUCAGGAUAUUUUUGAUUACAUUGUCCGUUAUUACAUUUGUUAUUUUCUAGCCGUUAGGCUGAUUAUACAUUUGUAAACUAAAGUUAACCUAUGACGGAAAUAUUGGGCUGAAUAUCAGCAUUAUGUUAGCAAUCCACGAUUAACCCCUGUGACCAACCCACCAUGAAGUUCCAGUACAGGUUGCGUUUAAAACUGGGACGAUAAAGAAUUUUGUUGAAAAUACGAUUUUAUAAAAUGUUUUAUAUUAUCAUUUUAUAAGUUUAACUUUAAUCAUAUCUAAUUAAUAAUCAUCUUUAAGUGUAAAUUGUGUGUUCGUGGAACUGGAACUUACCCUUGCCGAUAGCCGGAUCACGAUAUCCCUGACGUGCCACUUAUUGAAUUAAAACAAUAUAACUAACCAUAAUAUUCUUAUGUUUCAGCUAGUCUCUCGGUACCCAGGUGAUGAUUCAGUAAGGAAAGCCCUUGAUAAAGUCGAUUUUGUCAUUUUGCCGGUAUUAAACGUAGAUGGAUAUGUUUACACUUGGGAAAAGGUAGGAUAAAUUUAGGGCCUGUUUACAUGGAGGACAUGGAGGUAGCCUGCGGCGGGUCACCCCACCCAUCAUGUAAACGCGAUCAAAUUAAAAUGAAAGAUUAUACGGACAGAUGGGUUACCCCACCUAAACGGGUUAGCUCACCAGUGAACCUGGGGUCUCCCACCUCCAUCUAAACCGGCCCUCAGUAGGUAGAGACUCGGCCUGAUAUAAUUAGUCCUCAGAAUUUUGCUAGAUGAAGAUCUACUCAUGAGAAUAACGAGCUCAGCUAAGCAAUGAGAUGAAAACACCAGUUAAGCAAAGUGUAGUAAAGAACAAUGAAGAGAGAAAGCACUCAAGAAUGAAAGAAAUUUAAAGGGUGCGCGAUGAACAAGAGUAAAGUACAAUAGAACAACAAUUAGGUAUAAGCUAAACAAAUGCGGUAUGAAUUAGAGGGGUGAAUUCGACUGAUAAGAAAGAUAGGUAAGAUUUAUGAGUAAACUAAGCAUACACUUUAAACUAUCAAGAACUGAAGCCGGAUAGGUGGAAGAUAACACUAGAUUUAGUAUUAUUAUUCCAAAGUGACAAAAGUGGGAAAAGAGGGUAUCAUUUUAACAAACUAUUAGACUUCUCUCUCUUUUUUCUUUUUAGAUAGAUUUCUCAAAAGAAGUUUACUAGUCAGAUGAGCUUAGAACGUUACUUUAUCGAGUGGUCUAUCUAAAACACUAUACUAUCCUAGUUAAUACUUCGACGCGUUAUUAACAUACAGUAUCUAAUUUAUUUGUUCAAAGGAUCGCAUGUGGCGUAAAAACAGAAGUAGACAAUAUGGCUCGAAAUGUGUUGGUGUGGACCUUAAUCGGAAUUGGGGUUUUCAUUGGGGAGGUGAGUCAGUAUUCUUCUUACACAAAAGAGGUUAAUUACUGUUACUGGAGGCAAUCAGUAAAGUUUCUCAAACUUUCCUUUUGAGCAAGAAUUUUUCGGUUAUGGCAAUGUUUUUAAGGCGUCCAAAAGUUCGGGAAACAAACUAAGAAUGUACAUUUGACGAUGGUAAAUUGCUUGCUAAGAAGCUGUGUGCUUGUGCCGUUCAAUAAAGAAAGAGAAAAAAUAGAAGAAAGAAGGGUUAGAAUCAUUCGAUAUGUAGGGGAUUAAGAUGAUAUCCUCUUUUGAUUGAAGCAUAUCUGGCAUUAAACGACUAUACAAAGAUCAAUUAACGACCAACAGCACAUGCACAAUAAAUCUCAGUUUAGGUUGAAGCCCUGGAGGCCGGCAGAAAAACAAAAACAACAACAGUAAAACUUGUUGUUUAGGGCUUGUUUUUCAACCGUGUUUCUUUGAAUUUUUUAUUAAGUGAGAGGAGCAAGCAGUGAUCCUUGCAGCGAGGCUUUCCAUGGUGAAGAGCCUUUGUCAGAAAAGGAGGUUCAGAGUGUUGCUAGGUUCCUCGAGUCACAAAGGAAAAGGCUGGUUGGUUACCUGGAUAUUCACUCGUAUGGUCAGAUGUUGUUGUUCCCAUGGGGAUAUACAAAGGAGCAGACUAAAGAUCAUAUCGAAAUGGUAAGAAAUAUAAAAACAGUGGUGGAUCCAAGGGGAGGGGGGAAGGGGGGUCCGGGGGGCUCGGUCUCUCUUUAUUGUUAGACGAAACUGAGGCCCAAAGGAACGAAAAAAAAAAAUUGUGAACCCCCCCUCCCCCCUUAUCUGAAGGUCUGGACUCGCCACUGAAAAAUAUUUAAUUAGAAAGAAAUGCAGUAACAGAUGGGAAUCGAAGCUUUCCUUUCCUCAUCCCUUUCAACGACUGAGGGAAAUCGACUGUUCUUAACCUUAACUUCACUGAAUUUAGUUUAAUUAAAUUUUGAAAUAGUGUUUCACAAUUGACUGGCCCGCAUGUAGCAAAAGCGUUUGCUCCUGGAAAAUACAUGAAAGAAGUUUUGAAAGGCUGAUAAGACUAACUAUAAACUCAUCGAAUCGUCUUGACUAUUGAGCCAUCUUUAUGUGUGUUAUUAAAUUUUGUGCUAUGUGACCAUCUAAAACCAUAUAUGGUUAUUUAUGAUUGAAAGACUUACCAUAAUCUUAGUUUAUAUUUUGUAGUGAUUCAUACUAAUUCAUACAGUAAACAACGAUAUAUCGUAAGCGACGACACCAACAACAAACAACAAUAACAAUGAGAGCCCGAGAAGAAAACAGCCGACGUUUUCGCAAACCACUAGCCAUACGCCGGCGCGUAGCGAAAUGACGAUUGUUCUCUUUGGCUACAACAACAAACUCCACCUUUGACUCAUUUGACCUGCCCUACAACUCCAUUGGCCUAGGAGUGAUUAACUACUGAUCAAUUUUAGUGUUAAGCGUCCAAAGCAUUAAUACUUUGAUGCUACAGUGUUAUAUUAAAUGAAUUGAGCAAGCAAGCGUUGCAAGGCACUGAUCUGCAAAAGAUAAAUAAUAUUUUCUUCCUUUAUUAUUUUUAUUCCAGGAGAGGGUUGCUAUGGCAAUGGCGAACGCAAUCAAAUCUCGUGGUGGCUACAAUACUAAGUACAUAUUUGGACAAGCUUCUCAUAUCUUAUGUAUGUAACAAAACAGCUAUUUUCCUGCAUUGAGGAACUCAUCAUUUUUGAUCAGUUGCUGAACCUCAUUUCCCUUCUUCUCUCCAAGAGGAAAACCAUAGCUAUACAUUAAAGCCUAGCCAGGCAAAAAUCGAAAGCAUUGUCUGCGAAUAGACAAACAUCUCAUAUCGUUCCUCCACCCCUCACUUUUUUUGUGCGUGUCUAGUAAAUACUGUCUUUCAUUUCUUUUAAACAGAUACGGAAUCGGGGACAACAAAGGACUAUAUUUAUGGUCAUUUAAAUGUUAAGUACACAUUUUCAAUGGAGCUGAGAGACACCGGGAAAUAUGGUUUCCUUCUUCCACCUAGACUUAUAGAACCUACCGCAAAGGAGGCAUUUGAAGGAAUGAAGGCAAUGGUCGAAAAUAUCAAAUUGGAUAAAUAGUCCGUCAUCAGUUUGAUUAGAUAACUGUAACACGUUAAUAAAACUAACGGCCGUAUGCUGAAAUAAAACAUGCUCUCAAGUGACCGAAGUAUCAAGCGAAUUUACUGCCAUUUAUUACUUACUCAACCUGACCUUGGCUGGACUAUGCCACAGGGAACACACAUAUACAACCAGUUUAUAAUGUUUAAAUGAAGAUUAAUUACUUUAUCGAUGCUUAGAAUUUGUUUUCUGUGGUUGCCAUUUUGAGUUUUGCGGUCAACCGGUGCAAGGCAGGGGCGGAUCUAGGGGAAGGAUGCAGGGGGGGGGGGGGGGNUGCAGGAGAGGGUUGCUAUAGCAAUGGCCAACGCAAUCAAAUCUCGUGGUGGCUAUAAUACUAGUUACAUAUUUGGACAAGCGUCUCAUAUCUUAUGUAUGUAACAAAACAGCUAUUUUCUUGCAUUGAGGAACUCAUCAUUCUUGAUCAGUUGUUGAACUUUAUUUCCCUUCUUCUCUCCGAGAGGAAAACCGUAGCUAUAGAUUAAAAUCUAUCCAGGCAAAAAUCAAAAAUGUUGUCUGCGAAUAGACACACAUCUCAUAUCGUUCCUCCACACCUCACUUUUUUUUUGUACGUGUCUAGUAAAUACUUUCUUUUAUUUCUUUUUAACAGAUACGGAAUCAGGGACAACAAAAGACUAUAUUUAUGGGCAUUUGAAUGUUAAGUACACAUUUUCAAUGGAGCUGAGAGACACCGGGAAAUACGGUUUCCUUCUUCCGCCUAGACUAAUAGAACCUACCGCAAAGGAGGCAUUUGAAGGAAUCAAGGCAAUGGUCGAAAAUAUCAAAUUUGAUAAAUAG